CAACAAGUGAGUACAACACUGAUAAUAUGAAAUUAGAUUCCCGCCAAGUUUGAUAAGAAUAUCGUAGUGAUAAGAACAAGCAUCCUUCUAACAAUUAUGUGUGAUAGUCCUAAUCAUGGAUUUUUCAGACAUUUUUUUCAGUAUUACACCAAGAUGAAGUUCAGUAGAGGAAGUAUUGUUCGAAUCCAUUUGAAGGAUUUUUUGACCUUCGAUGAGAUUGAAAUGUCUCCAAAAAAUAAGUUAAAUCUUGUGAUUGGACCUAAUGGUGCAGGAAAAUCUACAUUUGUUUGUGCAAUAGUGUUGGGGCUAGGAGGAAAACCUAAUGUCAUUGGUAGAUCACCCAAUGUUGCGGACUAUAUUAAACAUGGUUGUGAAAAAGCUGUUAUCGAUUUAGAGCUUUAUAAUCCUGAUGGUGCUAACUUUGUUAUAUCAAGACAUAUUACAUCUAAUUCCUCAUCAUGGUUCUUACAAGGAAAACCUACAACUUUGAAAAAGAUUGAGACUUUAACACAAGAAUUAAACAUUCAGAUAAACAACCUUUGUCAAAUAUUACCACAAGAUCGUGUCCAGGACUUCGCCAAAAUGGACCAGAAACAGUUGUUAGAAAAUACUCAGAAAGCCAUUGAUCAGGAAUUGAGUGAGCAGUUUGAAGAACUGAAAUCCAUUCGGACAUCUAUUAUUAAGAGGGAAGAAAUGCUUGCUGAUUUGUUAAUAAAAUUUGACAAUGAAAAGCAGAAAAGUAAAAGAAUGGAAGCAGAUGUUAAAAGUUACAAAGAGAAACAGGAUAUUUUGGAAAAGAUAACAUUGAUUAAGAAAAAACUUCAGUGGCUUCUGUAUGAAGAGAAAAAUGAAUUAAGAAAAAAGAUGCAAGUAACUUACGAAACGGCAAAACAGCAAUAUGAAGCUUUAAAGAAAAGUUUGGAGCCGCUUUUGAAAAAGAUUAAAGAGGUUGAGGCAGAACGAGAAAACUUGAAGAAGAAUUCAAAAAAUGAGGAACAGAAUAACAAUAGGAUUAGUCAAAGCCUGCAAGAAUUGCUUCGUAACCAUCUUCGAUUUAAAGACAAGAUAGUCAAAAUAAAAGAUGACUUAAAAUCUAAACUGGAUGCAGAAGCUCAAAAAGAUAUGACCAUUCAAGAGAUUCAGAAACAAAUAAGAGAGAUUGAAAAUAGUUUACCGCAAGUCAAUGAGGCCACACUUCUUCAUGAUAUAAGAAAAUGUGAUUUAGAAAUUGAUCUUAUGUUGAAGAAAGUUUCUCAAGCCAGAAAUCAAGAAAGAGAAUUACAAGACCAGUCGUCUGCUGUAAACAAUAUUGUAAGAGGUCUUCAAUACAAGCUGGACCAACUGAAUAGUGUUGCUGAGAAAAAAUUAGGAUUAUUGACUUCAAGAUUCGAAGAUGUAGCCAAAGCUCAUCAAUGGGUUUUAGAAAAUCAAGACCAGUUUGAAAAGAAAGUCUAUGCUCCUAUUUUCUUAGAGGUAAAUGUUCCUGAUACAAACCAUGCUCGAUAUUUUGAACACAUCAUUUCGAAUAAAGAUUUGGUUGCAUUUGUUUGUGAAGAUGCUAAGGACAUGACAAAACUGUUAAGAAUCUUGAGGGAUGGGAAAAAUUUGAAAAUAAAUGCCAUCACGUCAACUCCACUCCAAUACAGUCUUCAGGAAAUGUUUCAGCCGAGAAUCCCUCUUGCAUCGUUGCAACGAUUUGGUUUCAAAAAUUAUCUCAUAGACCUGAUUGAAGGACCUGACGUAAUAUUGAAGUAUUUGUGCAGCUCUUACAACCUCCAUAACAUUCCAAUAGGCUCUAAUAAAGUCGAGGAUUAUAUUGACCAUAUUCCAAAGGAAUUAAGAGCAUUCUUUACUGAAACAUCGUUUCAUAAAGUGAAUAUAUCAAAAUACACUGGGGAGAAGAUACAGACAGUUGGAGAAGUAGGUGGUUCAUACUUUCUCUCCUUUACGCUCAACAAAGAUUUGAUUACAGCAUGCAGCCAGGAACUACAAAGAAAGUUUGAGGACUCUAAAGGAAUUGAAAAUCAGCUGAAAGAGGUUGCUGAAAUGAGACAGGGCCUCGAUGUAGAAGUGAAUACCACCAGAAAUAAAAAACGUGAAUUCUCUCGCCAACUGGAGUACCUUAAAGCUUCAAGUGUUCGUUUAAGGGUUAAGAGAGAAGAAUUGGAUGAAAUUACGAAGAAAAAAAUUGAUCCGGCUGUGGAAGAAGCUAAAGCUAAACAGGCCAUAGAGGGAUGUGUUAAAGAGAUAAUUUCCAAUGAAGCUGAAACAGUUAAAGUAAUUUCAUCGUAUAUGAAAUCGAAAGUCGCAAAUGAAUUAUUUGGAUUACAAUUACAACAGACUAGUGCGCUUGUCAAAAAAAAAGAGAAUGAAUCAAAAGAAAUGGAGACCGCUGCUGUUGCUGCCAGGGAUGAAGCUGAAAAAGUAAAAGCAGAAUGCAUUCGUAUCAAGACUGAAUUAAAGGCUAUCCACCAAAAGGCAAAAGAAAUGACUGAGGGGCUGGACGCAAACGACCCUGCCUUUAUAGAAAAAUACAAUCCUCUUUUCCGGAAGUUACCAGGAGACAGGAAUUCACUUCAGGAACAUCUCAUCGAAACGGAGGCAAUGGCCAAGUGCCUUCAAGGAAUUGUUGGUAGCAAUGUUAUCGAAGAAUAUGAAGCCAGCUUGAAACAGAUGGCACAAUUAGAAAAGGAAGUGACAAAGUUGAAAGCUAAUCAUUCAGGAAUCGUAUCCAAAGCAUCCGAAUUGCUUUCAACUUGGUUGCCCAAGCUACAAGAUCUUAUCGAAGACAUUAAUGAUAAAUUUGGAGCAUUUUUUGCAGCAAUGGGUUGUGCUGGUGCUGUCCAGCUCGACCAGGGUUCUAAUCCUUCACAAUAUGAAAAUUAUGGUCUAAUGAUAAAAGUGAAGUUUCGAAAUGAAUAUGAGCUUCAGGCAUUAGAUUCGUAUACACAGAGCGGUGGUGAGAGGGCGCUGACAACUGCAGUUUUCCUCUUGUCGCUACAAACUAUUAGCAAGGUGCCUUUUAGAUGUGUCGAUGAAAUCAAUCAGGGUAUGGAUGAGAUAAAUGAAAAGAGAGUAUACCAUCUCAUAAUGAAUUCCAUUUCAACCUGUGAUACAGCACAAUACUUCCUCGUGACUCCUACAUUACUUCCGGGAGUGACAUAUCCUGAUGGCACUGCAGUACAUUGUGUUCAUUCGACUAAGGAACAAGUUGCUUAUGAUGAUAUUCACUGGAACAAAGAGAGGUACUUUCGACGACUGGGUAUACACGAAGAAUAAUAUGUUUGUUAUCUUUGUUGAUUCAGUAUUAUUUAUAGUAUUUUUUUAUAAUUUAUACCACCUUGUUAAUAAAAUAUUUAUAUAUUC